AUGGAAGUGGUAGCAGCAGCCAUGGCUCUGGACGAUAAGCGCGACGUGUCGCCGUCGUCGUCGCCUGCCAAAGAUAACCCGCUGCAUCAGCCGUUAUCAGAGCUUUUUUCCGACCUUUUACAACAACAUCUGCCCGCCAAAACCCGACGUCUUCUGGGACCUCAGAAAUGGAACCAGCUGGAGACAGACGACAAGGAGCUCAUUGAAAAGCGACGCAAAGAGAUUGUCAACGACUUGGAGACGCACUUUGCCGCCAAGAAGGACGAGUUCCAGACACUGUUGGAAUCAAUCGUGGCCGGCCAAGAGUCGUCAGAAGAGGAUAAGGGGACGCAGGAGGAGCCGCUGGACAUUAAUAACACGGCAGCAAUCAACGCGUUGGAGCAGUCGCGGCGCAACUCGCUGACUAAGCCACUCAAGUCGUCCCUCAAGGCCGACGGAGACGCUACCAAGAAGAAGGUCAUGUUUGAAGACAAGGACGAGGAUAAGGAGGAUGAGGAGAAGGAGAACAAUAAAGGACAGGCAAAGGACGCCCCAGAAGACGAUAAGAACGACAAACCGACUUCAUCAUCCGUCAAGUUCAAUGAAAACUCGUUUUCGGAACCGUUUCCAGAACUGCCCAAGGGUGCACCCACGCAUCCAGACGCCAAAGAUCCGGAUUACAUCCGUCCCACCGCAGAUACAGGCGUACCCACCGUUAGAGAAGACGUAAUGGCAGCCCUGUACUCGUCGCCACAAAAACCCACGCUUCUGGGUCCUCAACUUGACUUGCCUGCGUCCAGCUACAAGGAGAAAAAGAAGUCCUUGGGGCCCAAGCCUAGGCUGUAUGGACAGCACGAUAAUUCCAACGGAGACUCUGAAGACAUGUUCAACUUUGAUGAAGAGCUCCCUGAAGACGAUCAGGACGUUGAUCAUCAUAACAAGCCAGACACAGCUACUUCUGCCACCCAUCGUCGGGCCUCGGUAGGCGGAGAUGCCUCGGAUCUUCCAGACAAGCUCAAAAAGGAGUACCUCUCUUACUUUGGACCCAUCGAGGAGGAUGUGGAGAAUGUUACUGAAGACUCUGUCACUGCCCAUUCACGUAUCCAGAUGUCUUCUACAGCUCCCACCGCUCCCAUGGUCGUAGGAUCACUUGGAAAGCGUCCCCAGUCUGUCUCAAAGUACGGCUCCGACACCUCCUCCACUGGAGCGUUCGACAUGUGGGUUCACGAGGAGGAUAAUGGCGACGAUAGGUCGUUUCUGGGCAAGAACUCGUUCAAUCCUCGAAUUGGUGAGAUUCCCGAGGAGGAAGCAUCGUUCUCUGAAAUUGUCGGUUCUCCCCACGCAAAGUCGUCUGCCAUGGCCGUUGGAUCUGUUCCUUACAUCCAGAACCCUCUGUCCAACUCUUACAAGCCCAACAGAGGUAUCGGGCAGGCAUCUGUGUCUCGAUUCCCGUCGGGAACGUCUUUUUCGGGCGUUGGGCUCACGGAAAAACAGCAACAGCGAAUCGAAAGUGAACCUGCUGCUGCGGGUAACCGUCGGCUGACUCUGGAGGAGCGCGAUGACAUCGACGUGAGUCAUUCGUUGGAUGAGGAAAUCAAGAUCAACGAGAUCCGGGAGUUGGCUCCUGGUAAGAUGAGUUUCUCGCAGCGAAUGAUGUACGAGAAGGAUGGUCGGGACACUCAGAAGAUUAGCAGUAGUCCUUACAUGUAG